UGUGGGCAACAAAGUACAAAACGAAGACAGAGAAGCAGCAGAGUUCGUAGAGAGGGGGAGAUAUAUAAUCAGUGAGAUACAUCCGGAAGUUGUUGUUUCCGCGCGGAAAGAUCUCAGUUCGCGAAGAAGCUCUCAACCGAUUUGUAAUGGAAGGUGAUUUCCCAGACCAGGAGUCAGUGGGGUCUGGGACAAAAAGGUCUAGUGUAUCAUCUAGCAGUAGGUCUCGGAACCGCAAAGAUUUUUUCCAUAGAUUUUUGGAUAGUAAAGAUCUGACUGUGAAACUUGAAGACUGGUUUGAUUCGUUAUCAGAAAAGUCAGCCGCAAAAUCACCUGCCUUUGAUGUUCCUUUUGAGUUAAUAGAACUUCAAAAGUUUGAUUAUGCAUUGGAAGGGAUCACAUUUCAGCAGCUGAUUCGGAUGCCCAAUGCUGUUUAUGCUUCUACUUCUGAUGCUGUAGAAGCAACUGCUUAUCUUGCUAUUGAAGACUUUUUACAUGCUAGUGUGAAGGGCUUGUGGGAGGCAUUUUGGAGUCAGGAUGAACCUAUGCCUUUCUCUGUUGCCUGUCUGUCCAAUGCUAACUUGAAAUUCUGCCAGGCCGAGAAGGCCAUUGCUAAUGGUAAGCUUGGAAAUCUUUGUGCCACUGGUAUAAUGCUAAAAAACCCUAGGCAUCCCAGCGGGUCGUGGGACCAUGUUCUUGAACUGGCUCUUAUGAGACCUGAUAUUGGAAGCCUUGCUGGGGAUAGUGAGCGGCAGCCUUCUCUUUCUGUUAUAGGGGAGGCCCUAUUCUAUGCUCUUCGUAUACUACUAUCAAGAAGCUUAAGCAGAUUGAGUUUCUCUGAGAGUUCAAAUACCGUCUUUGUUCUUCUUGUUGAUUCUCAACAUGGUGGGGUUGUAAGAGUUGAAGGAGACAUAUUUAAGUUGGAAUAUGAUGUUAAUAAUGUUUAUGAAUGUGCUGCUAAUUGGAUAAAAGACCAUGCUAGAAUUGCAGUCUCUCCGGUUGAUCGGAUCUGGAACAAGCUAGGAAAUGCAAAUUGGGGAGAUCUGGGUGCUCUACAGGUACUCUUUGCAACCUUCCACUGUAUCAUGCAGUUUGCUGGAAUGCCCAAGCACUCUAUUGAGGAUUUAGCUGUUGACCAUGGUUCUCGCCUUCAAACAAGGAGAGUGGAGAGGCAGUUGGAGGAUACCAGAGUGAAUGGGAAUGGCCUAUUUCGUUACCAGCAGCACACUGUUUCCCCUGAAAUUGUUGAAGUUCAAGAAGAUUCCAAUAAUAUUCGGUCUGAAGAGGUAAUGAAGUUGGAAGUAGGAUCCACAUUAUGGUUGGAGGAUUCCAACUGGCAAAAGGGUUAUCAGAUUAACGAAUUGCUGAACUGUGCUGAAUUUUCAUAUUACAUUGCAUCUCCUCUGGAAGACCCAGGAAAAAGUCUGUUUCUAUAUGUUGGUUCUCAUCCUUAUCAGCUGGAACCAGCAUGGGAAAAUAUGAAUUUAUGGUAUCAGGUUCAGAGACAGACUAAAAUAUUGACCAUUAUGAAACAGAAAGGUCUCUCUUGCAAAUAUUUGCCACAAUUAGGUGCAUCUGGCAGGAUUAUUCACCCUGGUCAGUGUCAAAGACCCAGCUCGGGAGGAAACUGUGACCACCCUUGGUGUGGCACCCCAAUUCUUGUGACCAGCCCGGUUGGUGAAACUGUGGCCGAAAUGAUUAGUGAAGGUCGAUUCGGUUCAGAGGAGGCAAUCAGGUGUUGUCACGAUUGCUUGUCUGCACUUUCAACAGCUGCCCGUGCUGGAAUUCGGCAUGGAGACAUCAGGCCAGAGAAUGUAAUUUAUGUCAGGUCCGGUGUGAGGUAUCCGUAUUUUGUCCUUAUUGGCUGGGGACAUGCUAUUCUUGAAGAUAGGGACCGCCCUGCAUUGAAUCUUCAUUUCUCGUCCACUUUCGCUCUUCAGGAGGGAAAGUUGUGCUCAGCUUCAGAUGCAGAGAGCCUGGUUUAUAUGCUUUAUUAUUCGUCUGGUGGUACUUUUCCCGACCUGGAUUCUGUUGAGGGUGCAUUGCAGUGGAGAGAGACCUCUUGGUCGAGGAGGUUGAUUCAGCAGAAGCUUGGUGAUGUCUCAACCGUGUUGAAGGCAUUUGCUGAUUAUGUUGACAGUCUUUGUGGGACACCAUAUCUGAUGGACUAUGAUAUAUGGCUAAGAAGGUUAAAGAGAAAUAUUCGUGAGGAGGACCAUGGUAAGGAAAUUGACAUAUCAAGCUAGGAUAUUUUUCCUUUGGCUAAUGGUAAAAUGAAUCCCCUAGAUCACUUUUAUCAUUAUCUAGUUCUAAUUGUGAUUGAUAUGGAUUUCUGGUGGAAGUCUCUGAAACAUGAAAUCAUUUAAAUACAUGCAAGGAUCCGGAGUUUGUUUUCCUUCAGACAGAAAUGUUGGGGUUUAAAAUACAAGAAUGGUUUGGUUACUUCCUCCGUGAAGCAGCUCAAUCAUAAUCGUCUCUUCUGAGUGUGCGCUGUGCUGUCCCCAUCUUGGAUAUCUCUUGCACGGCUUUCUGGUAUAUGCAUCGAUGAGUUGAAGUGUCGGUUAUUCAGAAUGAUCUCUGGUUAUAGUUGGUUCUUGGACUCUGUUCAGAAAUUAUCUGGCAUAUAUUUGCAAUGAAGCACACUACUUAUGCAGGGGAUCAGAUGGCUUUUAGCUCUUGCGAGUUUCUUAUUGCUAGAUGCUGUAUUGAGUGCAACCAUUCCCAUGUAAAGAAAUGAAUCAUACAGAUUGCCCUGAAGUUGGUCUAAUUGUUGAGGUAUGAGAUUGGACUCGAGUAGUCUGCUUUGUUCAGGUAGCAACCUCGUCUGUAAAUGUGUUAGUCCCUUUCCGUGUACUUUUAUUUUAAUUUUGCGGGUGGGAUGCGACUGUGGAGGGUUUGAGGGCGGGAAGGUCCAUGGGAUUUUAUCAAGCCCUUAGAUCGGGCAAUAUUUGAUCAUUUGAGCCUCUAUUCUUUAUUUCAAAUUGACCGUUCGGCGUUUAGAA